AUGCUUACCAACGGCGCUCUUGCGCUCGCCUUCCUUCCUCUUACACUCGCCCAUUUCCAGCUCAAUUUCCCUGAAGCGCGUGGAUUCACCGAUGACACUGAGGGCAACUUCCCUUGUGGAGGCUACAACGAUGUCCAGCAAGAGCGCACCGAUUUCCCAAUCAGCGGAGGGCCGAUACAACUGCACAUGGAGCACCCGCAGACCAACGUUGCUGUAUACAUGGCCAUUGGCGAUAACCCGGGAGAUGGAUUCAGUAUCGUCGCACAACAACAGACCCAAGUAUCAGGUCUAGGAGACUUCUGCUUCGGUCACGUCUCGUUACCGGAAGGAUUGAAUGUGACGGAUGGUACCAAGGCUUCGAUCCAAGUUGUUACCAACAACCACGAGGCGGGUGGAUUGUACCAGUGUGCGGACGUCACCCUGGUCAACAACGCCCAGAUCAACUUCGCCGACAACUGCAAGAACCAGACAGGCAUGAAGGUUACUCAGGAAGACAUUCCAGGAAACCCCAAUGGAACGGAGACGGAGACAAGCCCAAGCUCGGCCGCCAGCGGCAGUGCUGCAUCAGCGACGCCGACAGGUGCAGCAGUGCAAGCGAAGGCUUUCUCGUGGGCAUUGGGUGCUGUUGGUGUGGCUGGAAUCGCACUGCUCUAA